AUGAAGGAGGCGCUCAGUGACGGCUCCCGGCAGGAAGGUGUGGUCUUCCAGGACUUCUUGAAGCUGAUGCAGCUCUUCCGCGAAUUUCAGGAUGGGCAGCGCCUGCACAAGGAGCAGCAAGCAGUCCAGGCAACCGCAUUCAGUGGCUCAGAAGUGGCCCAGUUUCGGGACCUCUUCAUCCUAGCCGCCAAUGCGUCCCAUGAAAGUUCACUACCUGCCGAGCUUUCCUUCGACCAGUUCCGGAACAUGAUCCACGACAUCACGCCCCUUGGGGAUGCCCUGACCGCGGACUUGAAAGACAUCUUUGCGAAGUUCACCCGCCGGAUCUCUGGCGAAGUGCGCAGCAAGCGGAGCUUCGAGGAUGCCGACUUCCCGGAGUUCCUUCUGAUGAUGAAGCACUUGCUGGACAUCAACUUCGCAAAUAUCAAGGAGAAGACGCACAAACCAGUGAAGGCUCCGCCGGCCAAGGCUGCGAGGUCUGCUGGGCCUCCCAAGGAACCGAAGGCCCCUGCCUCCUAG